GACUGACCUUCACCACAACAAUGUGUGGCAUCUUCUGUCUGUUGAGUCUGUCACCUGCUCAGUUAGAGUGGGACAAAACAGUCCAUGAACAUUUGCAGAGAAGAGGGCCCAACUGGAAUCAGGAUCUCACAGUCAGAGGCACAAAUCCCUGCUAUCAGUGUUUAUUCUCUGCCCAUGUUCUUCACAUGAGAGGUCUUCUCACACCCCAGCCAGUACAAGACAACACUGGAAAUGUCCUGGUGUGGAACGGGGAGAUUUUUGGCGGUCUCCCAGUGCUGCCAGAGGAAAAUGACACUGCUGUUGUCUCACAGCGGCUUUCAUCCUGCAGUAGCUCUUCAGAGAUUUUGUCAGUCCUGUCCCGUGUACGUGGACCAUGGGGGUUUGUUUACUACCAGAGGGCUGGAGACUACCUCUGGUUUGGCAGAGACUUCCUUGGUAGGCGGAGUUUGCUGUGGAAAUUCGAUGCGGAGGACCAGGCCUUGACCCUGACUUCUGUGGCAGCCCACAGCUCUGGACAUGCACAGUCUGCUUGGCAAGAGGUCCCAGCAGUUGGUGUGUAUCGGAUUGACCUGAAGGCAGUUACAGAAGCUGGCUCUGUGACAUUUGAGGUUUAUCCCUGGGCUCAUGGGGGAAAUGAUCUAGUCUUGAGCUGCAGUCAAACUAUAUUGGAGUCUGUCCCCAGUGGCUGCGCUGCUGUGAUGAACCAGUCUGGCCUUGUACUCACCUCACCUGUGUGUCCUCUAAAUACAUCCAUUCCAGAGUCAUUAAAUGAGAAAGAAAUUGAUCCAAAGUCAUAUUCAUGUGUUCAGGAUCUGGAGCAGCUGCUUGCAAGCAAAGAGAAAAACAGUGAGGUGAACCAUCUUAUUGAUGUUCUCAGUGAGGCAGUAAGGCGACGUGUUCAGUCUUUGCCAUUCAGGGUACAAGAAGAGUGCCCUCCCUCUACUAACAAUGCUAGUAUUGCUAUACUUUUUUCAGGAGGUAUUGAUUCAAUGAUCCUGGCUGCCUUAGCUGACCGUCACGUACCUGCUCAUCAACCAAUAGACCUUCUGAAUGUAGCAUUCAAGCUACAGGAGCCAAAGAAGCAGAAAGAGUCUGCAAAGAAACCCAAAAAGCACAAAUACAAGCCAACAGAUUCUAAGAGUGAUGAAGCUGAUCCCCAAAUAUCCAGCCCCUUUAAUGUUCCAGACAGAAUCACCGGAAAAGCUGGCCUUCAGGAAUUACAAGACUUGAAUCCUGAAAGAAGAUGGAAUUUUGUCGAAAUCAAUGUAACAAAAGAGGAGUUGCAGGAAGUCCGCCAGGAGCGCAUUUGUCAUUUGGUGCAUCCAUUGGAUACGGUGCUUGAUGACAGCAUUGGAUGUGCUGUGUGGUUUGCAGCAAGAGGGACAGGGUUCAUCGCAGAGGACAGUGACCGGAGGCCCUUCACAUCAACAGCAAAGGUAAUUCUGACAGGAAUCGGAGCAGAUGAGCAGCUGGCAGGUUACUCAAGACACAGAGUCCGAUUUAAGAUGUCUGGACAUGAGGGACUGAUCCAGGAACUGGCCAUGGAGCUGAGCAGGAUCCCUUCCAGGAAUUUGGGAAGAGAUGACAGAGUGAUAGGGGACCAUGGGAAAGAGGCCAGAUUUCCCUACUUGGACGAGGAUGUGGUGAGCUACUUGAAUUCUCUGCCGGUGUGGGAGAAGGCAGACUUGUCACUCCCUCGGGGUGUCGGGGAGAAACUGCUCCUGAGACUGACGGCGAAGCAGCUGGGCCUAGGCCAGUCAGCAGUCUUGCCCAAGAGAGCCAUGCAGUUUGGCUCCCGCAUCGCCAAGAUGGAGGACAGUCAAGAAAAGGCCUCUGACAAAUGCACAAGACUCCUAACUGAGUAGACAAAUCUCUGGUUUUAAUUAAAAGAGUAUAAAAAUCAUUUUUAGUAGAAAAGAUCAAUAUAAAAUUACAUACAAUUGAGAUUAUAGGCCUAUUUACAUUAGUUAUUGAUUUACUGUCACAGACAGAUUCUUGAAGUUUGCAAAAAGUUCACAUUUGACUAUCUGUUUUGUGUGUGCUGGUCUUGGAUAAAUUUUUUAACAUGGCAUAAUAAAUAUGGUAUUUUCCUCUACACCA